CGAGUAUGUUUGUAUUGAUUAGCAAAGUACGGACGCAUUGAUUUUUAAGAGCGGUACUUGGAUUGUUUGCAAGUUUGGCGAGAGACUAAUAAAUUAUGGAAGUACCAAUAUCUGUACACCCAUUAACAAAUGAUCCAACAGCGGCCUGGCAAGAAAUCUCGAAGUCACAGAGGGUUAUAAAAGUAUCCAUGAAUCGGGCAGUUAAACAGAAAGACCCUAAAAAAGUCCGUGUCGUUUGUAUGAGUGAUACACACUCGCUAACUACCCAUUUAAAGUUUGAUAUACCAAAUGGAGACAUCUUUAUCCAUGCUGGAGAUUUUACGAAAUGUGGUAAAUUGGAAGAAGUUAUUGAAUUUGAUCGAUGGAUCGGUUCAUUGCCUCACAAACACAAAUUAGUAAUAGCAGGGAACCAUGAGCUAAGUUUUGACAAAACUUUUACAGAAUCUUCUCUUGAGAAAAGCCCAAGUAGCCGAACUAAACACACUGGUCGCUUUAGUGUUGAAAAUAUGCCUACGCUUGGAAAUCCACGAGAGGACAUAGAAAGUGCUAUACAAACAAACAACAUUCGGGAUAUUUUACACAAUUGUACGUACGUUGAGGACCAGUUAAUAAACGUAAUGGGCAUCCGCAUAUAUGGUACUCCUUGGCAGCCUGAGUUUUGUAAAUGGGCUUUUAACUUGCCUCGGGGGGAAGCAUGUUUGAAUGUGUGGAAUCGCAUACCUACCGCUGUUGACAUAUUGGUAACCCAUACACCGCCCGUGGGUCAUGGAGAUUUAUGCUGCUCGGGUGUUCGUGCUGGUUGUGUUGAAUUAUUAUCUACAGUUCAAAAGCGAGUUAAACCCAAGUAUCACGUUUUUGGACAUAUACAUGAAGGUUAUGGUAUUACCUCGGAUGGAAAUAUUAUUUAUAUAAAUGCUUCAACUUGUGAUAUAAAUUAUAUACCUAAUAAUCCUCCCAUUGUAUUUGAUGUAUUACCAAGUACUGUAUAAAUAAUUAAAAAGUUUUGUUACUUAUCACCAAAAAUGUAAACAUAAUAAGUGCAAAAUCAUUCCUUAUUAUAGUAGAGAGGGCUCAUUGCUAUUUUGUGGUUUCCUCCGCGCAGAGUGCGGUGAGUUUUUUUAUUUGAGGAAUAUCGAAUGCAGACAUAAAUGAUAUAAUUAUUUCGUGGAAGGCAUUUACAUAAAUAAAUUGUGAAUACAGCUAGCCAGUAAACGCUUUGUUCGUUGAGAAAUGUUAGUAAAAAUUUCAUCCAGCAGCCAAAUAUAAGAGAGUAAGAUGCCUUACUUUCCCAAAGAAAGAAAUUUAUUGAGUUUUCGCCAGUAAAAAUAAGUCAGCAAGUUAGAUAACGACAGUUUAUAUUGGCGGUUAACUUUGAAUCGAUUUAUUUAUACAGUUUAUUUCUCGGCUUUUAAGUAUUUUAAUAAGCAUUUUAAUGAAAUUGGCAAAUAUAUGUCAUUUUUAAUAUAUUAAUUGUUUUGAAAAUGUAUAGUUUAUAAUUGUAGCCGUUAAAUGUUACGGUACUAAUAUGCUUUUUCUAAUCAUCAAAAAAAAAAAAAGAAUUAAUGUAUGUAUGUAAAACUUGCUUUAUACAAAUUUGUUGCUUAUAUCUUAGAUUUUCAUAAAGAAUGAAAAUGAGUCUGGAAUUUAUUUGCCGUAUAAGCCAGCAAUAUAAAGUGAACACUAUUAUCGAGUUUCUUCGAUUCUGUUUAAAUAAAAUCUGAGCAAAAGCCUUUUUUCUCUUUUAAACGCGAC